GUGUGUUAGGUACAGUUUAAUUGUUUAAUCCGCUCAGCCGUUUGGCGGAGAUUCAUUGACAUCUUGAGGCCUAGUGCCUACUUACCCACCCAUUGGUUCCUCCCGUGGUCCAGAAAGGAAAAUAAUUAUAUAGCAUUGACUCGCAUUAUAUAAACCCCGUUUCGAAUAUAUAUAAAUAUAUAUAUAUAAAUAUUCGAGAAGAUCACCUACGUAUGUACAUCGCUGUGUGUGUACGUGUGUGCGUGUAAGACUCAUUGCAUUCCGGUUUUGGAUUAAUAUCCAAACAGCAAAAGUGCCAUAUACAUAUGUACAUAUAUACUCGUACUCGUAUAAACGUCGCUACGUCAGUGCCAAUCCCACAGAAAAAACCCCGAAAUACAUCAGUAAAUAAAAAUUAAAUAAUUGAAACAUACUACGCACAUGUGUAUGUACGAAUGAACAAUUAUUAUACAUAACAUCAGUUCCGUUCCACUGUUUUGAUAGCCGAAACUCAAAACGAACUUGCAAAAUGCUUGCAUUAACAGGUCGUUUAUUAGGAUGGUUCCACUUACUUGUGGUGUUUGUUGGCAUAUGCCUGGCAGGUGCGCAGCAGCAAUAUCCCCAACUGUCUGUUGGGACUCCCCUGGAGGCGUUGACCGCACCGACAGCUUUUGAGCAGCAAACCACCCAUAUCCAGUCGCUGCAGACCAACUUUGAUACGGAUUUGCUUCGCAAUAUUUCCCUGGGAGCACAGGAGUUUGGGCUUGAUCUGCUGCAGCGCAUAUCUGUAGAGGUGCAUAAAUCCAACAGGGACUUUAUGAUAUCACCCUUUUCCGUGUGGUCGUUGCUCGUCCUGCUGUACGAGGGCGCCAGCGGGGCCACCUACGAACAGCUGCGUCGAGCCCUGCGCAUCAAUGUUGAGGAUGAGAAGCUACGCGCCGUCUAUCAAGUGUGGAGCACGUACCUGAACACCAAAACGGCCACCAUAGAAGUGGCCUCGCUCCAGGCCGUUUACACCGACAAGGCUUUGCCCGUGAAGAGCGCCUACCGGGAUGUGGUGAAGAACUACAACGUUCAGCCGGUGGAGGUGGACUUUUAUAGUCCCAAUACUGUGCACCAGAUCAACGAGGCCUCGAACCGCACAACGCGCGGUCUCAUUCCGUACACGGUGCUGCCCCAGGAUAUCUACGGAGCCAAGAUGUUCCUGCUCUCUUCGCUGUUCUUUAAGGGCCAGUGGAAGUUCCCCUUCAAUCAGUCAGCGACUCGUAUGGAGCCGUUCUACAACGAAAACGACGAGGUAAUCACCAACAUACCCAUGAUGGUGCAGGAGGCGAACUUCUCAUAUGCCACAAAUAUCCAGGGCCUAGACGGCUACGUAUUGGAACUGCCGUAUGGCGCACAGGACAGGCUCUCAAUGAUAGUUAUACUGCCGAAGCGCGGCUUCAAGCUAAACGACGUGGCCAACAACCUGAAGGCUUUGGGUCUGUCCCCCAUCUUGCAGCGUCUGGCCGACUUUAAGCGGACAUCCUCGGAGGACAACCAGGUGGAGGUGCUAAUGCCUAAGUUCACAACCACGACGGACUUUACCCUAAAGGGAGUCCUGGGGCAGAUGGGCAUACGCGAUCUUUUCGAUGAGAAUAGCGCGAACCUUAGCCGGAUGUCGUCUGGACUAUUUGCUAAAAUCUGCAUUCACUCCACCAAAAUCAUUGUGGACGAGCAGGGCACAACCGCCGGGGCCGUGACUGCCGCUGUGCUCGCCAACAAGGCGACGCCGCCAAAGUUCCAGCUGAACAAGCCAUUCCAAUACAUGAUCGUGGAGAAAGCCACCAAUCUAAUGCUCUUUGCCGGCCAAGUGCGCAACCCGAAGGCGGUUUAGACUUAAGCGAGACUUUAUUGACAUCGUAUAGAAACAGAAACAGAAAUACUACGUUAAGGCAA